AUGUACCUCUCGGUCUCGGGCGCUGGACCCAGAUAUCCAGAGAUGCCGCGCUACUACUGCGAGUACUGCGACAUCGCGCUCACGCACUCGUCGGUGCCGGGCCGCAAGCAGCACCACUCGGGGCGCAAGCACAUCAUGAACGUCAUCGAGUACUGGGCGAACUUCCAGCCCGCGCUUCCGACGGCCCCUCCGCCGGGUGCGCAGCGGCCGCCGCCGCCGAUGAUGGGGAUGCGGCCGAUGCCGCCGGGCAUGAUGCCGAUGCCGCCGCGUGACUCCAUCUUGUGGGUUGCUUGGGGAAGUUGA